GGCUCGGAGCGGUGCCGGGCACGGUGGCAGCGGGUGGCAGCUGUCCCUGCCUGCUCCUGCCCAUCCUACGGGAGCAGGGCACAGCGAGCCUGGCAGCCUGCAGGUGUCUCCCGGCGGAGGAGGCUGCGGAGCCCCUCGGGAGGAUGAUGUGCGGUGGCCGAGCAGAUGUUCACUCGCCUCUGGGGCUCCUCGGCAGGCAGAGCCGCUCCGCUGCCCUCAGCGCGCUGAAGCUCCGCGGCUGCGAGGGAUCGGCCCCGCUGCCGCGCCGGCAGCUGCUCCUCUAACCAACAAAGGCAGGGUUUCAAGUCAAGGGGAAGAAUGGGAGUCUGGCUGCAGAGCUUCCUUCACCGCUUCAGCAGCAGAUUGGAAGAAGCUGAGAGUUUUGAUGCCUGGACAACUGGAUUCUGAAUCGUGAGAGGCUUUGAAACCCACCCCCCCCUCCCAAAUAAAACAAACCCCUUUGACUUCUUCUCUCAGCAGGAGGGGGAGGGAGGGCGGAUUUACCAUGAAGACAAAUCGAAGAUGCAGAGCUCUGCUAGCAGUGAGUCUGAAUCUGAUGGCUCUCCUCUUCUCUACAACAGCUUUUAUCACGACCCACUGGUGUGAGGGCACACAGAGGGUCCCCAAGCCGAGCUGUGGGAAAGAGAAGAAGACAAACUGCCUCAACUACGGCGGGAAUGAGACUGCAAAUGAGACGAACCAGAAUGUGGUUCAUUACAGCUGGGAGACGGGAGAUGACCGCUUCCUUUUCAGGUAUUUCCACACUGGGAUCUGGUACUCCUGUGAGGAAAAUAUCAAUGCUGCUGGUGAAAAAUGUCGAAGUUUUAUUGACCUUGCCCCGGCUUCUGAAAAAGGUGUGCUGUGGCUCUCAGUGGUGUCCGAGGUGUUGUACAUCAUGCUGUUGGUCGUCGGGUUCAGCCUCAUGUGCCUCGAGCUCUUUCAUUCAAGCAGUGUCAUAGAUGGGCUCAAGUUAAAUGCCUUUGCUGCUGUCUUCACUGUGCUUUCAGGUCUCUUGGGGAUGGUGGCACACAUGAUGUACACUCAAGUUUUCCAAGUGACAGUCAGCCUUGGGCCAGAGGACUGGCGACCACACUCCUGGGACUAUGGAUGGUCCUUCUGUCUGGCCUGGGGCUCCUUCACCUGCUGCAUGGCAGCCUCUGUCACCACCCUCAACUCCUACACCAAGACUGUCAUUGAGUUCAGGCACAAGCGCAAAAUCUUUGAGCAGGGCUUUCGAGAAGAGCAGAACUUCCUAGACCAGGAAGCCAUCAAGUACUUCAGAGAAAGGGCUUCACAACACCCAGCUCUAAGUGUCACUAGCCCGCAGAGGAACAGGAGUGACCAUUAUGCUCAGAAAAUCCCCCCAUUCGCUACGUCAAGCUCUUCCAGCGACACAUCAAGCAGCUCUUCACUUUCAUCAGAACCAACCAGCCAGAUCUCCAUGGUUCAGGAUCAAACCCUGCUGGACAUCACCUCCAUCACUGGAUUGACCCCAGGGGAAUCACCAAACCCUCAACCACUUGAGCAAAGAGAUACAAAUUUAGCAAUAUCGUGUUCCAGCCCACUCGGAGCAAGGACUAUUCCAGCAUCUUGCCCAGCCAGCCUCAGGCUCAGUCUAACACCCAGCUCAGCCAAGCCACAGCAAUACUCUGACUGCUCUCCAGUCAGCCCAGGGAUCAAUGCAGCUUCCUUCUCCACCUUCUGUCCUCACUCAGCACAAAACGUACGAGCUUCAGCUUCAGAUCACACACUGACCCCCACCAGGACAAGCACAAGGCCUCCAGCAACAGCGACUCCUGAAGAGAGUUCCCAGGCUCCUGGCUAUUCUGAAACUGAAUUAAAGAAUACAGGAAAGGGGUUUGAAUCAGAUCUGGAAGAUCCUGAUCAUGAGAGGAGAUUUGUAACCACACAGGAAUUCCAAGCCAUGGAGAAAGAGCUAGAGGAUGUAAAGGAAGACCUGAAAUGCCUGAAGUGGAAGGUGAGACACAUAGGUGAGACGGUGCAGCCCCUGGCCGAGGACAGCAAGAGGUACAAUGGCUACACCCUGAUGGAGCUCAAGGCCAUGGUGCAGUUUGAGGAUGACCCUUACAAGGCUGCCCACACGAUCCUCACCGCCCUCUUCAGCGAUGUCUACUGGCCACAGCACCCAGGCACCGAGCAGGCCUGCAACUCCUGCUCCCUGCCCAAGCCCAACAUAGACCCAGAGCUGUACACGGUCUACUGUGACAUCCUGAAAAGCAUAUUCCCUGGAAUUAGCAGCCAGACCUUGAGGGAAGAGACUCAACAGGUGCAGAAAGGCACCCAGAGUGCAGUGCAGUAACAGCAGAGCCCAGAGGUGCUGGGCAGAGUGCCCGGUCUGCAGUGACUGUAGAGGAUGGGCUGUGCUAGGUCCCGUCGGUCCCUUUAGGCAUGGAUUGUCUGUGAAGGUGUUGGUGAGCUCUGAGCCCUCAUGCCACUUGCCCAGUGACACAGAGUGGGAUGGCAUCCUGCACUCUUCCCACAUUUUAGAAAACAAUUGCUCCUUUGGUGUCUCUUUCAAUCUAUGGACGUUUCCUUCUUUCCAGCAACGACAAAUGCUGACAAAAGAAUCCCACCAAGGCGUUGUACGUCCAAGCAAGGGCCUUCUCCCAGCCCCAAACAGACCAACCAACCAACCAAACAACCAACCAACCAACCAACCAACCAACCAACCAACCAACCAACCAGCAUCUGGGUAGUUUCUAUUUU